ACCCUCGAGCCGCUCUGGCGCGUCGAUUUGCUCCGAGCGGCCGCGACUCAGCCGUCCUUACGUCCACAUCCUCCUCGACGCUCUCGGCCUGACGCUGCAUGCCUGCCGCAAGCUCACGCAACACACACGCAUCGGGCUCGUCGUCACGCGCCGCAGCGACCAUGGCGCCCGCAAACGGCACGACGACGGCGACGGCGUACAAGACCGGCCAGCCCGUCACGCGCGUCGCCAUCCGCAACAACGUCGUCCUCAACAUCAAUGACCACAUCUACAUCACCGCACCCUGGGCUCCAGGCGCCGGCGAGCCGUUCUUGGUUGCGCGGGUCAUGGAGUUCGUCACGGCCCAGUCGUCCCGCACCGGCGCUGCGGCCCUGGCGUCGUCGUCGGGCACGCUGCAGGUGCGCGCCAACCUCUACCUGCGCAUGCGCGACAUCUCGCACCGGGCCUCCAACGACCCGCGCCAGCUCGUGGCGACGAUGCACUCGGACCUCUUCGCCCUCGAGAAUGUGCGCGGCCUGUGCGAGGUGCGCCACCGCGAGCUCAUCGGCGAUGCGCCCGAGGUGAGCGCGUGGAAGAAGCGCGAGGACCACUUCUUCUACAGCACGCUCUACGACCGCUACAUCCACCGCUCGUACGACGUCAUCCCCACGGACAAGAUCAGGAAUGCGCCGCCCGAGGUGCUCGCCGUGCUGCGCCAGAGCUACUCGUUCAUCGUCGCCGAGGUCGGCAUGACGGCCGACCUGUGCGACGCGCUGCGCGGCUGUGCCGUCUGCCACCGCUGGGCCUCGACGCCUGAGAGCGUGCGCUGCGACACCUGCAAGAAGUUCUUCCACAUGCGCUGCCUCACGCCGCCGCUCGCAAGCAAGCCGGCAAAGGGCUACAGCUGGACAUGUGCGCCGUGCUCGCGGCGGCACGAGCAGGCCGUCGAGCAAUCAACCACCGGCGCCGGAGGCUCGCUGGGCCUGACCGUGCCCAGCUCCUCCAGCUCGAGCUCUAGCGCGUCCGGCUCGAUCGAGAUCGCUCGGCUGCCGGGCACGCAAGGCGCGAUCCGCGGCGGCACGAUCUCGCGCGGCCGCGGCCGUGGACGAGGCCGAGGUGGUGCAGCCGCUGGCAACCGGCAAGCACUGCUUGCUCAAAGCGACGGCAACGGCACGGACUUGUCGCCCGACGGCUCGCCGGCGCCCGAGAAGACGCUCGCAGAUAUCCGCGGCACGCGCUGCUCGGGCGGCUUCCCGUACCGCUACUUCGGCCAGCAUACCGAGGCUACUGACGUGCUCGACCCGCACGACUCGAUCUACCCGCGAGCGACGACACGAUUAGGGCCCAAGUUUCAAGCCGCCCUGCCGUCGUGGGAGGAGCAGCAGGCGCUCGGACUUGGCAAGCAUCCCGAGCGACGAGGCGACCGGGAAGAGGCUGAAGCAGCCGCAGCAGUCGCGGCGCUGCCGAUGCCCGACGAGCUGCCGAAGAAGAACAAGGGUGGCCGGCCACCAAAGCGGAAACGCGAGGUCCCGGCUGUCUCUGUCGCAGCCGCCGUCGGCGUGCCUCCUGUCGCGUCGUCGACCUCUGGCGUGACCACGGCGGUGGGCACGCCCACGGCCACCACGCCGGGCGCCACCGGCGAGGCGUCAGAUACGCCGCAAGCGACGCCGUCGCUGGACACUGUCCCAUUGCCUGGCGACGGCCCUCUGCGGGAGUUUGAGCGAGGCACGGAUGAGAGCAUCGAUGUGAUCUGGGCGCCGCCGCUCGGCAACGAGAAGCUCGUCGACGCCUACCUUGUCACAGCGCGCAACGUCUUCUCCCAGAUUCCGCCGUUCAACGUCGACCUGAUCGACCGGGCCCUCUCGAUACUCGCCGAGUUCGGUGGCAAAGCCGCGCCAGCGCUCAAGAAGCUCUCGGAGAGCACCCCGGGCGAGCUACGGCAGGUGCACUGGACGCAGAAGGAGAUGCGCCAGUUCGACUCGGGCAUCAAGGACUUCAACGCCGAGAUGAAGCAGAUGAAGCGCGCCGUGCCGACGAAGCGCGUCGCCGACAUCGUGCGCUUCUUCUACCAGUGGAAGUGCCAACGGCUUCGCGAGACGCUCGAGAAGGAGGCGGCCGAGCUGGCGGAGCAGGAGCGCAAGACCGGCACCAAGGCCCGCGCCACGAGCGGCACGCAGGCACCCAUGCCACGGGCGCCGCUGGCAUCGUCGCGCGCCGUCUCGCCGUCGCUGUCGCUGUUCGGCGACGCGGCGAUUCCGAACCCGAGCUGCGUCAUGUGCACCACGACGUCUUCGCCGGUGUGGUACAAGGGCCCGUACAGCUGGCAGAACCGCUACCUCUGCAUUAACUGCGGCCUAUACUGGCGCAAGUACGCCGCCGAGAGCUCGCACACGCAGGACCUCGUCGCCGUCACGACGCGCCACAAGGCGGCCAACGACAGCGUGCUCGGCGUGCAGCCGCCCGUAGGCAAGCCGUCGAAGAUGCAGAAGAUCGAGGCCGCCAAGGUUGCCACGCCGCCGCCGCUGCCGCCGCCGCCGCCGAAGCGCGAGGCGAUCAAGUGCGUCAUCUGCCGCCGCAUCGAGCCCAAGAAGAAGCUGGCGCAGUGCAUCCAGUGCACGCUCAGCGUGCACCAGGGCUGCUUCGGCCUGACGGACCAGGAGCUGGCGAUGGACGCGUGGCGCUGCAGCGCGUGCGACAACGAGAAGAGUCUCGACGCUGCGCUCGUCCCGCACUGCGUCCUCUGCCCGCCGCCAGCGCCGCCGGCGGCCGCGCCUCUGGAGCGCGUGGCGCAAGAGAAGGGUCCCGGCAGGGGCAAGGGCAAGGCCGUCGCCGAGGUUGCGCCUGCGCCGCCGCUCGACACGCUCGACGCCGUCAAGCCGACGGAGUGCAACAACUGGACGCACAUCGUCUGCGCCGCCUUCCUGCCCGAGAUCGUCUUUACCGACCCCGAACGCAUGCGGCUCGUCGAGGGCGUCGGCAACCUGCCCUUCUGGCGCUACGAGUCGGCGUGCUACAUCUGCAACCAGCGCAUCGGCGCGUGCGUGGCGUGCGCCGAGACGACGUGCCGGCGCACGAUGCACGUCUCGUGCGCCUGGACCGCGCAGCCGGCGACGCACAUGGGCUUCGACCUGACGCCGGUGAAGAGCACGCGGCGCGACGUCGUGCCGACGGCCAACUUCAAGGGCGAGGCGGGCCACAUCAGCCCGCUCGUGUGGUGCAAGGACCACAAGCAGCAGGGCAAGAACAAGCGGCUGUACGAGCUGGGCGAGGUGGACCCGAACACCGGGCUUACGCUGCUGCAGACGCUUGCUCGCACGCACAAGCACGUGGCCUCGCCAGGCGUUGCUUCGCAGGUGGCAGCCACGGCAGAGCAGUCGUACGCCCUCCUGCGCCGCGCCCGCCGCUACGACAUGCUCGUGGCGCAGGCGACGACCGGCAGCCACGCGGGGCCAGCACCCGUCAGCCUCGUCGGGCCGGACUCGAGCGCGCCGCCGCAGGCCGCCGUGUACGGCUACUCGCCGAGCCCGGCGGUGGGAGCAGCCUCGACACGGGCACCCUCCGCUCGGCAUCAGCAGGCGUCGGUGCGCAUGUCGCGCGCGCCCGACUCGUCGCCGCUCUUUGUGCCCGACAAGGCGGCCACGAAUGGCCGGCACCACUCGAUGAACGGCCGGCCGCGCAAGACGUGCAGCGAGUGCCACGCGGCGCACUCGCCCUUCUGGUGGCCGCGCCCGAAGCGAGCGGAGAACGGCGGCGACACCGAGAUGCACGACCGUGCGGCGGGCAAGCCCGUCGUGUGCAACCGCUGCGCGCACCAGCUGGGCGUCGUGCACAAUCCCGCCGACGAUGCUGCGCCGGCGAAGGAGGCGCCGGCUGCCGCGACGGCCGUGUCUGCGCGGUGAUGGCCGCGCAGAAAACAUGCUCUGGGGUGGCGAGCAAUCCAUUAUUAUUCUCCAGCAUCAGCCCCGGCCGUGAGAUCCGCACGAUCUUUGCACGCCGGCGCUGCGAGGGGAUCAGGUGUGGCCGACUG